GCUAUGACCAUUUGUCAGUUCUUCCUUCAAGGCCGGUGCCGCUUUGGAGACCGGUGCUGGAACGAACAUCCUGGCGCCGGGGGUGCGGGCGGAGGACGGCAGCAGCAGCCCUCAGGUGACGUGCCCCUCCAUCCUCCGCCGCCGGUGGAGCGGGGGAAGGCCUGGAGCCAGGGCCGUGGGGCUGAGAACGGGCGUCCGUCGUGGGGCCCGUCGCUCGGCGUAGCGCGGCGGCGCACCAGUCAGGUGACGAUGACGUGCUGGCGUCGUCCCCUUUUCGGUCCCGCCCACAGGCCCGGCCCAGGGUCUCUCCGGUGCUCCUCUGUGCUGUGUGGGGAUUCGGCUGGUUGUAGUUGAGGGGAUGAAGACCGGGACUCGGCCUUUGGUAAUAACAGACGUGGAUGGAAUACCACCAGCCAAAGAUACUCCAGCGUUAUCCAGCCAUCCAGCUUCUCCAAAUCAACACCAUGGGGGGGCAGCAGAGAUCAAGAAAAGCCAUCUUUUAGUUCCUUCAAUUCUGGAGCUUCAACUAGCAGGAACAGAGGGUUUGGAGUGUCCCAGAACCCAUUUGCUUCACCCAGCCCUGAUGGGCAGAAAGAUGAAAAGAAACUUCUGUUUUACAGACAUUUCACCAGAGGAGUUGAGGCUUGAAUACCAUAACUUCUUAACCAGCAAUAACUUACAGAGUUAUCUAAAUUCCCUCCAACAGUUAAUAAAUCAAUGGAGAAAUAGAAUAAAUGAACUGAAGAGCCUAAAUACAUCAACUAACAUAGCCUUGCUCUCAGAUGUAAAGGAUGGAAUAAAUCAACCAGCACCUGCAUUUGGAUUUGGCAGUACAAAUGCAGUAACAUUUGGAUCACCAGGUUUUCCAGUGAAUAACAGCAGCAGUGCUAAUGCUCAGAAUUUUAGUUUUAAACCAAGCUCUGCCCCUUCUGGAAGUCCUCCUAUGUUCGGGAAUACUCCAGCAUUUGGAGCUGCAUCCUCUGCCAGUUCUGCCAUCACUACUUCUGUUCCAGCAUUUGGAUUUGGGAAACCUGCAAUCACAUCUGCUGCUUCAUUUUCUUUUAAAAGUCCUGCAGCCACUGGUUUUGGAUCACCUGGAUUUUCAGGAUUUCCAACUUCCAUGGCAACAGGCUCUUUUGGAGCUCCAGGGGCCCCAGCCUUUGGAAGUGGUACUUCUGUGGCUAGUUUUGGUAGUCUAGGUUCACAUUCCCACACUGCUUUUUCCAAGUCAUCUAGCAACACCUUUGGAAACAGUAGCAUAUCUACCUCUCUCCCAGUCUCAAAUGGCAGCACCACAACAGAUAACAAAUUAUUCACACCCAAGGAUCAACUCACAGCAGAAGAACUGGAGCAAUUUCAAUCCAAGAAAUUUACUCUAGGAAAAAUUCCCUUAAAGCCACCACCUACGGAACUUCUAAAUAUUUGAAAGGACAGUUUUAAAUACAGAAAAGAACAGCUCUUAAAAUUUUUCUGAGUGGUUUGUAUAAAAUUGCUUUAAGUGAUUUAAAUAUAUACAUAUAUAUGUAUAUAUGUACAUAUAUACUUAAAAAGAAUAUAAGCUUUCAUUAAUAACUUUAGGGGUCUUGAAAUUCAAUAUUUUUUCUAAGUAAAGCAUAAAAAGUA